GCGGUGUUGCCGCAAUUGCUCUGUCCUUGUGACUGAUAUCUUUAUAUUUACGCUCAUUCCCCACUUCAUAGACCGGCGCGGAAUAAUGAUCAUUAUGGUUCAUGAGAAAACUAUAAGAACUGCCAAGAUGUCGCCAAAGUCUGCCACAGACCAGCCUGACUACUCUCUCUGUGAUUAUGCCUUCGUCGCAGCGAUCCCUCGAAUCGGGUUCUCUCAAGGGUGCUGUCCAGGAGAAGAGGGAGCCUUUAGAUCCUGAUCUCGAGUUUGGAGGUCGUGAAGCUAGGCGGAAGCUCGAGAGGCGAUUGCUUUGGAUGCUAGAUCUACGCAUGUCGAUCCUAGUCUUCAUUUACAUUCUAAACUAUAUUGAUCGUAAUAAUGCUGGUGCCGCACGACUGCGUGGAUUUGAAGCAGACCUCGGUCUUAAGAAGCAAGAGUUUGCUACGCUAUUGUCGAUCUUAUAUGUCGGGUAUAUCCUGAUGCAGAUACCUUCCAAUAUGUUCUUGAACUAUAUCGGAAAACCCUCUUUAUAUCUCCCUGCAUGUAUGAUCAUAUGGGGAACUAUAUCUACUCUCACUGGUAUCACAGAAAACUUUGUCGGCGCGCUUCUCACUCGGUUCUUCCUCGGUUUCAUGGAAGCGGCGUUCUUCCCAGGCGCGCUCUUCCUUAUCAGCAAAUGGUACAAGCGGAGUGAACUCGGCCUGCGAACUGCCAUUCUCUACUGCGGGAACAUUAUCUCUAACGCCUUCGGUGCACUCAUCGCUUCAGGUAUUCUCGACGGCAUGCAAGGCAAACUCGGCCAUUCCGCCUGGAGAUGGCUCUUCUAUAUCGAGGGUGCUCUAACGAUCUUCGUGGCUAUCGUGGCUAUCUUUGUGCUUCCGGACUUUCCUACGACGACUCGUGGUCGAUGGCUUAGUGAUGAAGAGCGACAUCUGGCGAUGAGACGUAUGGAGGAAGAUGCCGGUGUUGGUGAUGAGACCGAGACGGAAGUCGGUGGUCACGCCGCGGGUCUGAUUAUGGCCAUCAAGGAUUGGAAGGUCUGGUGGUUUUCAUUAGCUAUGACAAGUCAAGUCGUUGCGUUGAGCUUCAAUGCCUAUUUUCCUACCUUGAGCGCAACCAUGGGGUUCAACACGACAGUGACACUAUUGCUUUGCGCUCCGCCGUUCGUUUUUACUGCUAUCCUAGCUUUCUUAGUCUCUCGUCACUCUGACAAAACUGGCGAGCGAUUCUAUCAUAUCACGAUAUCAUAUGCGGUAGGCAUUGUCGGCUUCAUUAUUGCGAUCUGCACAAUGAACACCGCGGCGAGAUACGUGUCUUUGUUUUUGAUGGCUCAGUCCUAUGCUGGCUUUGUAGUGAUGUAUGCCUGGAUCAGCAACACAUUUCCUCGGCCACCAUCCAAACGUGCCGUCGCACUCGCACUCGUUAAUGCCUUCUCGCAAUUGGGUAACGUUGCUGGCUCACUGUCUGUUGCAGAUAUGUCUGGCCCACACCAUGGGGACCCACUUACCGCAACUCGUAUGCCAUUUGUAUAGCCACUUCUGGAUGUGCGAUCGUCAUGUGCUACGUUCUGAAGUUACACCUCCAUGCUGUGAACAGGAGAUUGGACAAGGAGGAGCAGGAACGGGGCAUGACGGAGAAGGGUUUCAGAUACUUGACAUGAAGACGCGAAGUACGUGUAUGUAAAUGUAUGAUUAAGUCGUGCUUUGUAUCAUGUCUUACACUUCCACGCAGUUUGAAGCCAAUAAGAUCAACAAUUCAAACCUACUAAGGCUGAUUGUGACUUCCGAUCAAUCAUCCCAAACCUUCAACCUUUAGCUUUGGGCCUUCUGUCCUAUCUCAAGUAACGGUUUGUCCUCUAAUCCAUUGGCUGGCUGGGGGACGUAUUGAAUGGAGUAAUGACAAUGACACGAGUGGUAUUCAGUUGGAUCUGUAUUCUGCCGAUCGAUCGGGACUGGCGUAGAAGCCAACUUCCUUCUGAAAUGGCAAUUUGGAUGCAGAAACGCGACACCACCGUAAAUGGUAUUUUCAUUCAAUGGUCUCACUAACUAUGAGCACAUUGCGAGCUACAAGCUUUGGCAUCAGCUGCUCAAUGACUGCGGAGGCUGGAUGGUUUGCCGUGGUCAAUACAUGAUACAUUCCUCG